AGUCCAAUCUUCAUUCAUAUCGAGUUACUUAACAGGAUACUGUCAGUAAGUUCUUGCCCAACAAGAUCGAUAGUCAUCUCAGAAUAUUUUGCGGGACCAUUAGACGGAGCAGAAGAAGAUAAUAUUUGCGUCUAAUCGUGGUCGGGGCCCCUAUAUAGUUCUGCGCGAGCUUGUAAUUCGAUAGUUAGCUGCACCGGAAGGCAGAGUAGCCCGACAACGGAGACGGUCAGUCCCUUUACAACUUCGGCAAGCCAAAUUGACAGUGUCAUCUAGGGGGAGAAACAUUUUCGACACUUCAAGACAAGACAUGAGCAUCAGCUGUAUAACUGUCAAUUCCGUUCGACCAAUGGAAACAGCAACAGAGCAUAGACAAUACCUUCGAUCCAAUCGGGUCGUCCUAUGCUAAAAUAUUGGAGCACUAAGCAUUCCACUCACUCGUAUCAAACCUCCUCACUGAUCUGCUGCUGUGAGCUCAGAGGGAAGAAAAGAGAAGCCAAAUGGAUCAAUUCAAGGGCCUAACGAGGCUCCCGAAGUUUGCCAUCCCGAGCCACUACGAUCUCCACUUGAAACUCGACCUGACAUCCUGCACUUUCUCCGGUACCCUGCGGAUUAACCUCCACAUAGUCAAGGAGACCAGGUUCCUCGUCCUCAAUGCCCUCGAGCUCGACAUUGGCGAAGUGUUCUUUGCCACCAACAGCUCUGCCCAGAAGAGGAUUCGUCCCUGUGACGUUGCCUUGGGUGAGGAUGAUGAGAUAUUGGUAUUGGGUUUCGACGAAGUGCUUGGUGUUGGAGAAGGAGUGCUGGCAGUUCAGUUCUCCGGGGUCCUCAAUAGUCAGUUGAAGGGUCUCUAUAGAUGUUCGUACGUGGUUGGAAGACAAGAGAAGAAUAUGGCUACUACCCAGUUUGAAGCUGUGGAGGCAAGACGGUGCUUUCCUUGCUGGGAUGAACCCGCUCUUAAGGCCACCUUCAGGAUCACACUUGAUGUGCCCCCAGAGCUGACUGCCUUGUCCAAUAUGCCCGUUAUAGAAGAGAAGCUCGAUGGGAAUUUCAAGACUGUUUAUUUUGAAGAAUCCCCACCGAUGUCGACUUAUUUGGUGGCCCUGGUGGUUGGUUUAUUUGAACAUAUCGAGGAUACAACAGUUGAUGGAGUUAAGGUCCGUGUAUAUUGUCCUCCGGGUAAGAGAAAUAACGGGAAGUUUGCUUUGCAUCUCGCUGUGAAGGCACUUGAGCUAUUUUCUGAGUACUUUUCCAUGCCAUACCCGCUGCCUAAGUUGGAUAUGGUUGCAGUCCCCGAGUUCUCAGGUGGGGCCAUGGAAAACAAUGGUUUGAUCAUUUAUCGCGAAAACGAGCUGCUUCACGAUGAGUUGCUAUCCACUGCUGCCAAGAAGCAACGGCUCACGAUUGUCGUGACACAUGAAGUUGCUCAUCACUGGUUCGGCAAUCUUGUGACAAUGGAAUGGUGGACCCAUUUAUGGCUGAAUGAAGGUUUCGCAACAUGGGUCAGCUAUAUGGCAACCGAUCGGUUUUUUCCAGAAUGGAAAAUAUGGACUCAAUUUCUGCAACAGAGUACUGGUGGACUGCACAUGGAUGCACUUGAGAACUCUCAUCCUAUCGAGAUAGAAGUAUCCCAAGCUCGGUCGGUCCUUGAGAUAUUUGACGCAAUAAGCUAUAAGAAGGGAUCAGCAGUCAUCAGAAUGUUGCAGGAUUAUCUCGGAGACAAAGUUUUUCAGAAAUCAUUGAGCUCGUACAUAAAAAGAUACGCGUGGAAGAAUGCGAAAACUGAAGAUCUAUGGAAUGUUCUUACUGAGGAAACUGGUGUUAAAGUGAAUGCCAUGAUGAACACUUGGACAAAGCGUAAAGGUUAUCCUGUCAUCUCGGUGAAGUUAAAGGGUCAUAUCUUGGAAGUUGAACAGUCACCGUUCCUCUCAUCAGGAUCACAUGGUGAAGGACAGUGGAUCAUUCCGAUAACCUUAUGUAUCGGUUCAUACAGCAGAACUAAGAAGUUUCUUCUGGAAACAAAAGUUGCAGAAGUGGACUUGUGCGACUUUUUUGAUUCUUCGGAUGGACAAAGAUGGGUUAAGGUGAAUGUCGAUCAGAGUGGUUUCUAUCGGGUCAAGUACGAACAUAAGCUUGCAGUUGAAUUAUGCAAGGCAGUAGAAAGCAAUUCUCUGACAGCAACAGACAAGUAUGGGAUCUUGGAUGAUGCAUUCGCUCUUUGCGAGGGUUGUGAUCUGCCAUUGUCAUCUCUGCUAACUUUGAUGGAUGUAUACAAGAAAGAGCUCGAUUACAUUGUGCUAUCAAAACUCAUCGAUUGCAGUGAGGAUAUGCCACAACGCGAUCCCGAGUUCAGUGGACAACUUGAAACGAUUUUGUACAAAUCUCCUCCUGUUUUCUGCCAAUUAGGCUGGGAAGCCAAACCUGGGGAGUCUCAUUUAGAUGUACUGUCGAGGGGAGAAGUCUUGAUGGCCAUGGCUAAUUUCGGGGAUGAGACAAUUCACAAGGAAGCGUUAAGGCGCUUUAAGUCAUUACUUAACGAUAAGGACACCCCGCUCCGCUCUGCUGACACGAAAAGGGCUGCUUAUAUUUCUAUAAUGAGGAACACCACCGCCUCAAACCGAGAUCACUUCGAGUCCCUUCUGAGAAUAUACAGGGAAGCUGAUACCGUGCAGGAAAGGGAAAGGAUUCUGCGUUUCCUGGCAUUUUCUCCUGAUCCAGAUAUUGUUUUAGAGGUUCUGAACUUUCUAGUAUCUGACCAGGUUCGUAAUCAAGAUAUCGUUUACGGGCUAGCUCAGAUAAGCUUAGAAGGACGCGAAACAGCGUGGAAGUGGUUUAAGGAGAACUGGGACUUCAUUCUGAAGAAAUACGGGACUGGUGUUCUCCUCCCGAACUUCAUAGUCGGAAUCGUUAGCCCGUUUUCUAGCGACGAGAAGGCUGAUGAGGUUAAGGAGUUCUUCGCUGGCCGAAUGAGUCCUGCAUUUUCCAUGAACUUGGAGCAAAGCAUCGAGCAAGUUCGAGUCAAAGCAAGGUGGGUCCGAAGCAUCAAGCGAGAGAAGUCUCUCGAAGACCUAAUCAAACAGCUAGCAUGCAAGGGAUGAAUUGUUGUGUUCAAUAUGUGCUAAUUGUCCAUGGUCGUUGGUCUUUGCUUUUUCACAAUCUGUGCUAUUGUCCAUGCUCGUUAGUCUUU